UGAGGACCUUGUAUUUAAAGCUAAUUUGUAUGAUGAAUUAUCUGAAAUUCUAAGUGCUUUUCUUAACAAAUCGCAAAAUAAGAUGAACGAUGAUCCAAAACAAAAUGAAAAUCAUAUUAUGAAUUCUAUUAGUACGAAGCACAAGACACAUCCUCCUAAAAGACUCAAAUCUGUUAUUGAACAAGAUUCAAAUAAACAUAACUACGCCCUAAAAGACAAAUCAUCUAAUAUAAUUAAUAAUGAUACAAGUUCAGAUAGUAAAUUGAUAGGUGAUAGUAAAGGUUAUAAAUGUGAAAAAUAUAAGCAACUAGGUCACUAUACUAAAACUUGUACUAGAGAAUAA